AUGCUUCGAUAUUUACGUUCAGAUGCCACCCCCCUAUCUACAGAAAAUAUUCAGGAUAUUAUUAAAGCCAAAAAUUCAAUGAAGCGGGCACCGGAAGCUAUGGCUAAUAAAUACAAAAUUUCUACAAGGCGAGUAUAUCAAAUUUGGAGAGGGGUCUAUCCACCAAUAGAUUCUAAAAAUUCAGAAAAAAAAUUAGAUGACAAAUCAAUUCCAUCCUCGAGUGAUUUAUUACAAGAAGACUUGAAUAUUAGCCAAGAAGAUUUAAUUGCAUAUUAUGAAAAAGAAGCUAUUCAAGAUAAAAAAAAUAUAGCUAAACUUAAAUCUAUACUAGGUGAGUAG